UCAAAGACCUGUAUCUCCAUUCAUUAGUGAGUCACAGGGACUGCAGGUUAGACAGCAGCCAAACGGCACACCUCUUUAUUUCAACUCAACCAGCUGGACUGUUGCUGUUUAUUGCUACGUGGUGAUGAGAUCUUAUUUUGUUAGUGCAUGAACACUGGAUGUACCGCAGCUUUGGACAAAUAGACCAGGACAACUGUUAGAACAAACACUCACUCAUACAUGGAGAUUGAAAGCAUGGUGGCAAAUAGUGCUCUUAUUAAAGCCAGAGAAGGUGGAGGGAGUAAAGGCAGAAGCUGGAAAUGGAAAGAGAUGCUUCGCUUUCCUCACAUUAGUCAGUGUGUGGACCUGGCCAUGAACAUAGAGCGAGACUACUAUAGUCUAUGUGUGAAGCAGCCUAUUGGCAAGAAACUGUUUCAGCUCUUCUGUCGGAGUCAGCCUGAUCUGCAGAACUACAUUUCCCUCCAGGAUGCUUUGGACAUCUUUGAGACAAAGUCAGAUGAGGAGAGGAGAGAUUUCAGCAUCAGCAUCAUUCAGAGAUUCCUCAGGAGUCAGUCUAAUCAGUGUGUGUCCAUCAUGCUGAGGUAUGAACAGAGCUGCAUCCAGAGUCUGGAGCUGGAUCCCUGCAGGGACGUCUUUCAUGGCUGCAGGGAAGACCUACAUGAAUACCUCAGCGGAGAGCCCUUUAUCCAGUACCAGGAGAGCAUGUUUUUUGACCGUUUUCUACAGUGGAAGACAUUGGAGAGGCAGCCCGUCACCAAGCAGACGUUUCGACAGUACAGACUACUGGGGAAAGGAGGGUUUGGAGAGGUGUGGGCUUGUCAGGUGCGAGCCACAGGAAUGAUGUACGCCUGCAAAAAGCUGGAGAAGACUCAUGUAAAGAAGAGGAGAGGAGAAGCCAUGGCUCUCAAUGAGAAACAGAUACUGGAGGGGCUGGACAGUCGAUUUGUGGUGAAUCUGGCGUACGCGUACGAGACCAAGCACGCCCUCUGCAUGGUUUUGACCAUGAUGAGCGGUGGGGACUUGAGGUUUCAUAUUUAUAACAUCGGAGUGCCCGGCCUGGACAGAGCCAGAGUGCGGUUCUACGCUGCAGAAGUCUGCUGUGGUUUAAUUCACCUCCACCAGAAGUCAAUAUUAUAUAGGGAUCUGAAACCAGAAAACAUUCUUUUGGAUGACAACGGACACAUCCGCAUCUCUGACCUGGGCCUGGCUGUGAGGCUGUCUGAGGGGGGUCUGGUGCGAGGCACGGUGGGCACGCUGGGCUAUAUGGCUCCCGAGGUGAUCGGCCACAGGUAUUACGGGACGAGUGUUGACUGGUGGGGCCUCGGAUGUCUGAUCUAUGAAAUGACGGCAGGGCAGCCCCCGUUCGGGGCCCGAGGAGAGCAUCCUAAAGCCUCAGAGAUGGAGAGAAGGAUUCAGACAGAACAGGUGGAAUACGGUGACAAGUUCAGCAAGCGGGUGAAAGACCUCUGUUCCUCGCUGUUGACCAAGGACCCAAAACAGAGGUUGGGUUGCCAGAGCUCAGGGGGGGCAGAAGUACAGUCACACCCUUUCUUCCGAAAAAUCAACUUCAGGAUGUUGGAGGCAGGACUUGUUGAGCCUCCAUUUAAACCUGAUCCCAGACUGGUGUACUGCAGCGACGUGCAGGACAUUGAGGAGUUUUCUACAGUGAAGGGAGUCAUUCUGGACCAGACAGACAACGACUUCUACUCCAAGUUCAACACCGGCAGCAUUCCUAUAACCUGGCAAAAUGAGGUCAUAGAAACAGGAUGUUUCAGGGAGCUGAAUGUUUUUGGCCCUGAGGGAUCUCGAUCUCCAGACCUCGACUGGUCCCAGACCCCUGAGAGCCCCAAACGCAGCCUGCUGGACCGAAUCUUCCGCAGACAUCACCAUCCGGAUGCGUCAGACGAAAGCAGACAGAGCCUGGUGUCAAAUGAAACCUACAUGAAGUCAGGACUUCUCAGCACCACCCUCUGAGGACUGUCACAGCACAGACUGCUUUACAGACACUAACAUUUAUCCAACAUCCAUCCACUGAAGCAGCAAACCACAGUGGAGGCAGUUCUGUUCUUCCCUUCGAGUCGCAGCAUAGCAUUCGUUGCUCUGUGUUUGCAUUGCUGUCAUAGCUACAUUAUAGUAGCAUUUGCUUCUUCAUUUCUUCUCAGGUAAAUGUAUAAUAUUACUGUUGUGUCAGUCACACACAGGCACCAACACUUACUUCCAUCCAUUCUUAAAAACAAAUAACGUCAGUAGCUUUCUGUUAAGUACUUGAAUUUUGAUACAGGCAGCAUGCCAUGUGAAGCUACUUCACAACAUUAAAACUAAUUUCACCAGUUGUUUCAGCUCAAAUGUAAAUAAAAAGGCUAUUUUUUAAUGCA